GGUGGUCACAGCCAAAGAUAGACCCAGCUUGGUCAAGUGCCCCUCACACUCACACAUUGUUCUGUGUCCAGCUGUGCCUUGUUUCUCUGUGGGCUGAGAUGACGACAGAAACGAGUGAGGGGGUGGAGAGAGAGAUUCAGAUACAGAGCAGUUGCUCAUUCUGUGUUAACAUCUCACUGUGAUAUUGAUGUAUGCAGCCUGAGUUACAGUUCUUAGCCUGAACAGAAAAUCCAUAUCCCAAGAUGCAGUGGUGCAGGUGGGCUGGCAGUUGGAGAACACACCUGCAAAGACAGUCUGCAGGGCCGGAGACUGAUGAUGCUUUUGAUUUCCUCUUUAAAAUCAUCCUGGUCGGUGAUUCAAAUGUGGGGAAGACCUGUGUAGUCCAGAGCUUUAAGUCUGGAAUAUUUAUAGAGAAACAGCAGAACACCAUUGGAGUGGACUUCACUGUUCGUACAUUGGACAUUGAUGGCAAGAAAGUGAAGAUGCAGGUGUGGGACACAGCUGGACAGGAGCGUUUCAGAACCAUCACUCAGAGCUACUACCGGAGCGCCCAUGGGGCUAUGGUGGCCUAUGACAUCACACGGCGAUCCACAUUUGAAUCUGUCUCACACUGGAUCAGGGAGGUGGAGCAGUUUGGAGCUGCAGGCGUGGUGCUGAUCCUUAUUGGCAACAAGUCAGACCUCCAAGCUCAGAGGCAGGUGCUGUUUGAGGAUGCAUGUACUCUGGCAGAAAAAAACAACAUUCUGGCUGCUCUGGAAACAUCGGCCAAGGAGGCACAGAACGUGGAGGCGGCUUUCAUCCUCAUGGCCCGGGAGCUGUUAGCACGCAAUGGCCUUAACAUCACAGAUGAGUCCUCCCAAGACUCACCUCAAUUCAUGCUGAGUAACAGCUCCCACCCUGUUAACGGGACCAUGUCUUCUGAUAAAAAGUGUGGGUGCUAAGUGGCCUGAGGAGGGGACGUUUCAUUUAAGACUUCUGUGACAAAGCUUGACGUUUUUGUGACAAUUUCCUUUACCUGUGGAGAGGAGUUAUCUACUCAGGCAUGUUUUGGGUUAUACUACGUCCAAUAUGUAACAC